AAUACAGCUGCGACUGGCACUGCACGACCGGACGUUGUUAGUGACGUCAUUAGACAGCGACCCGCGAUAUGUCAAAUCAAGCUUGGAUGCUAACUGAGUAGAAGAUGGAUUUCGCAGAGUGUUACAAAGACACCGUGUCCAGUGUUGCUGCUGCAGCUCGCUCCGGUCGUUGGCGGACCGUGAGGAAGCUGAUAAACAGAGGCUUCAAUGCGGACUGUCGAGACAACCGAGGAUGGAAUGCCCUGCACGAGGCUGCGGCCGCUGGCAGCAGGUGGUGUGUGCGGGAAAUACUGAGUGCUGCCAGCGCAGGCUCCUCCCACGCCUGCCGCUCCUUUGUGAACUGUUCGACACAUGAAGGGGAAUCUGCAUGUUACCUGGCAGCACUUCAUGGACACCUGUCGGUUGUUCAGCUCCUUCUUAAAGCACAUGCUGACAUAAACCAGCUAACAAAUGACCUGUCAUGUCCCUUGUAUGCAGCUGUAGACAGUGGGCACAAAGAGGUUGUAGAACUGCUGAUCAGUAAAGGUGCAGAGGUAAACAGAACACACACAGCAUCCUGCUGGACCUGCCUUCAUCAAGCAGUUUUUAAGGGUCACAGUGAUAUUGUGCGGAUGCUUGUGAGGGUAUGUAACCUUGAGGCACAAGAUGAUUACAAGAUUACUCCUCUCUUUGUGGCUGCACAGUACGGACAGCAGGAAUGCCUAAAAAUCCUUGUGAAUGCUGGUGCCAAUGUGAAUGCCCAAGCAGCUGAUCUUGCAACACCACUCCUGAUUGCCUCUCAAGAAGGGAAGGAGGCGUGUUUGGAGAUUCUGUUGGACCAUGGGGCAGAUCCUAACAAAGUCUGCAGUCAAGAGUGGCCCCAAUUUCCUAUUCAUGCUGCCGCUGAGUUUGGCCAUAUAGGUGUUCUCGAGAGGCUGAUAGCCGUCACAGACCGUGCGUGUGAUCGCGGUGAAGGCAUGGUGAGCCCACUGUACGUCGCCAUCAACAAGAAUCAGAGCAGGAGUAUUGAGAUUCUCUUGAGGGCAGGUUACAGCCCAGAUGGUCAGGACUGCUAUGAAAUCCUGCGUUUUGGUUCGCCUCUCUCCUAUGCCAUUUUUAAUUGUACCAGCAUACACCACACUCAAUCUGUGAGGGCACUCAUAGCUGGAGGAGCGAUUCUGAGAGAGGCAGACUGGAAUCGUGCUUUGACGGACUUACCAGAGUUGUUUGAUCUGAUACUUGGGUACAGACAGAUCCCUCAACUGGGGCCUUUCACAAAGGACUGUCCUGAACUGCAGCAUCAAGGCAAAACUGUGCUGAAGGUGCAGGAACUCAGAGACCUGCUCUGUACGGCACUAAACCAAAUUUGUUAUUCUGCCUGGUGGCUUCCUCUCCUCUUGAAGGCAGGCCUGGAACCGUCUUUGCUGCUCCAUCCACUCAUGCUGGAGGAGACAUACAGCUCGGUGUUGAAUUACCUGCUAGAGUUUGUAAACUGGUCCACUCUGUCUCCUCAUUUGAAAAACAUUCUGGAUCAAAGACAGGCAGAGAAGACUUGGGAUCCAUUACCAGUUUUUGACUCCAUCCCCUCUCUUUCCCAUAUCUGUCGGCUGAAAAUUCGAUCACUGUUGGGGCCGCCUGCCUUGAUGACGACCAAUGUCGUCCAACAGCUCCCCGUGCCCUCUGUUCUUCAUGACUUCCUACAAUUCAAAGAAAUCCCUGAACCUUUCCACAAACUCCGCCUACCUUCACCAUAUGACAACAGAGUGCAAUACCACGAGACAUACCAACACAUACACCUUCUAUGAUCUAACCCAAGAUGUUCCUGUUUUUGGGUUGAGGGGUUUCAAACUUAUUCUGUUUUUAACAGCUUCUUGUUGAAGCUCUGUGCAAUAAAGCAAAUCUAAGAAUGCA